AUUUAAAUUGUUUAGAUACCGGCCAUCAAUAAUAUUUUCACAACAAAUAUGGUCAUAACUACAAAUACUUUACGCAGCCAACUCAUGGCUUUGGUAAAUUUCUCAGGAACACACAAAGAGCAGGCCGACCGGUAUCGGCAAUUGUUGGAGGUGGUACUCACCAAUAAUGGCAAUGAGCUGGUAGAUACUUUAAAAUUAUUUGUGGAAGCCAUAGUCAAUGAACAUGUCAGUUUAGUUAUAUCGCGUCAAAUUUUAAAUGAUGUUGGUAUACAGUUGAGCAAACUACCCGAUGAGGUGUCGAAGCAGGUGUCACAUUUUACUUUGGAAAAGGUACAACCUAGAGUUAUAUCGUUUGAAGAGCAAGUUGCUGGUAUACGUCAGCAUUUGGCAGAUAUUUAUGAACGUAAUCAGCAGUGGCGAGAUGCUGCCAAUGUUUUGGUGGGCAUUCCCUUGGAAACUGGCCAAAAACAAUAUACUGUUGACUAUAAACUGGAGACAUAUUUGAAGAUAGCUAGACUUUAUUUGGAAGAAAAUGACUCUGUUCAAGCGGAAUUUUACAUAAAUCGGGCAUCAUUGUUGCAGACAGAGACUCAAAUUGAAGAAUUGCAGGUUCUCUAUAAAGUAUGUUAUGCCCGAGUUCUGGAUUAUCGUCGCAAAUUUAUCGAAGCCGCCCAGCGUUACAACGAACUCUCCUAUCGCACCAUAGUUGAUGAAGGUGAACGUAUGACGGCUCUCAAAAAGGCCUUAAUAUGUACCGUCUUAGCUUCGGCAGGUCAGCAACGUUCUCGCAUGUUAGCCACACUAUUCAAAGACGAACGUUGCCAACAAUUGCCGGCCUAUUCGAUUCUAGGGAAAAUGUACUUCGAUCGCAUUAUUCGGCGUUCGGAAUUGCAAGAAUUUGAAGCCUUACUACAGCCUCAUCAAAAAGCAGCCACUGUUGAUGGUUCCUCUAUACUGGAUCGUGCCGUAUUCGAGCACAAUCUGUUGUCGGCCAGUAAGUUGUACAAUAAUAUAACUUUUAUUGAAUUGGGUGCCCUACUAGAGAUACCAGCCGCUAAAGCUGAAAAUAUUGCAUCGCAAAUGAUCACCGAGGAACGCAUGAAUGGUCAUAUCGAUCAAAUAAGCGGUAUUGUACAUUUUGAAAAACGUGAAGUCUUGCCACUGUGGGACCGUCAAAUACAAUCGUUGUGCUAUCAGGUCAAUUCGAUUAUAGAGAAAGUAGCUGCUUCUGAACCCGAAUGGAUGGCUAAUACUCUGGAUGAAAUUAAUUCUUAAGUUAAAUGGCAUCACAUGCUUCCCUGUGGGGCAUUGUAUUGGAGUUCUAGUAAUGCUGGCUUUUUCUAUAAGGCACUUUUUAAUUUAACGAGUGUUUUUUUCUGAUUUGUUAAAUUAUUUUCAUAAAUUUUGUCAAAUAAACUAAAAAGGUUUUAAAACAA